CUUACCAUACAACGUCAAACGUGAUGGGAUCUCUACGAACUGAAUAUCACGCGAUUGCGUGCAAUCGCGUGCCAAAUUGCGUUCAAUGGGGGAAAAAUGGCCAGAUUGCCAUCGGUACUUCAAACUCGGUAGCGAUAACAAAAAUUUCUGAUGAUGGGAUGCUUCCAAUGUCUUUCGUGCUAAGUGGUCACAAGGAUCGAGUCAAUUGUGUUAGGUGGAUAGAAUCCAGUGAAUCAGACCAUGGGCAAGUCCAGGACUUAGACCAGGAACUUGUAUCUGGAUCAACUGACGGUGCUCUUAUUCUCUGGCGUGGGUCAGUUAGUGAGCAGCUUGCUCUAUCAAGCGUCUUGUCUGGCCACACUGGAUCUGUGACAGCAGUAGAUGCCAUUGCCAUUCCAACCUCCUCUGAUUCGGGCUUCACACGCAGGACUCUGAUCGUCAGUGCAUCCACUGACUCCACUGUCAGGAUAUGGGAGAGGAGAGAAAGAAAGGAGCAAGGAGGAACAGAAGGAGGAGGAGGAGGAGCAGAAGGAGAGCUUGUGUUUGUGGAGAAGCAGUGCAUUUCAUUUGGAUCGGGCUUUGCUGUGGAUGUGGCAAUGACAGUCAUCAGUAGCGGCAAUGUUCCCCUGCUAGCUGUGGGUGGCGAUGACUGCAAGGUGCACUUAUACACAGAGAUCAAUGGUGUCUUCACCAGAGUACAGAGUCUUUCUGGUCACGAGGACUGGAUUAGAGGACUGGAUUUCACGCAUGAUGAUGAUGGUGAUAUUCUCUUAGCGUCAUGUGCCCAAGAUUGCUUCAUCAGGGUGUGGAGGAUAUCAGCAAGCAGACUCAAAGCUGCUCAAGAUACAGAGAUCCAACUCAAGAAGAAUACCUUCACCGUGUUUCAUCAAGUUUCAGAGCAGAGGUAUGCUGUGAGCCUGGAGUCUGUAUUAGCUGGUCAUGAGCAGUGGAUCUAUGCAGUACACUGGCAGAAGCCAUCCAGGAAUGGAAAUGGUAAAUAUCACCAGCCUUUGUGCCUAUUGUCAGCCUCGAUGGACAAGACCAUGAUUAUCUGGAGGUUUGAUGACCAAAAUGCAAUGUGGAUUGACGAGGUUCGAGUGGGAGAAGUAGGAGGUAAUACCCUGGGGCUGUAUGGCUGUCAGUUUAGCCCGGAUGGUGAGGCUAUCCUAUCACAUGGCUACCAGGGUGCUUUCCAUCUCUGGACCAAGGAGGCGCCCAAGGCAUCAGGGGAAGGACAGGGUCCAAGCUCGUGGAGUCCGUCAGAGGUGGUCAGCGGUCACUACUCAGGCGUCCAGGACCUAGCUUGGAACCCUGAUGGGAAUUUCUUGUUGAGUGUAGGCCUGGACCAGACCACUAGGCUACAUGCAGUGUGGAGGCGAGACGGCAAGGAGUCAUGGCAUGAGAUAGCUCGUCCACAGAUCCAUGGUUACGACAUGCAUUGCUUAGCUAUGAUUGGACCUCACUCAUUUGUUUCAGGAGCUGAUGAAAAGGUUCUCAGAGUUUUUGAGGCACCAACCAACUUUCUUAACAACUUGACCAAGAUAUCUGGGGUUGACACAUCAUCAGUUAAGGCAUUACAGGAGACCAAGAAUCUAGCGGAGGGUGCCAGUGUACCAGCUUUGGGACUGUCUAACAAGGCUGUUUACCAGGGAGAGGGGGGUAUGCCUAGCGUGGACAGAGAGAUCCAUCAUCCUAGCGAGCAGUACACUGAGAUUUACUUUGCACCGGUUGCUUUGGAGAGCCCUCCAACUGAAGAUCACCUGCUACAAAACACCCUGUGGCCAGAGACUCAGAAGCUGUAUGGACAUGGUAAUGAAAUCUUCAGCGUUGCUGCUCAUCCCUCAGGAAACAUCAUUGCAUCAGCAUGCAAGGCAGCGAAGCCAGAGCACGCAGCCAUCAUCUUGUGGGAUACAUCGUCAUGGCAACAGAGAGGUCAACUGAUGGCUCACUCCCUGACGGUCACUCAGCUUGCGUUCUCUCAUGAUGGCUGCUUUCUGCUCGGAGUGUCCAGGGACAGGACUUGGUCUCUCUUUGAAGAAGUCCAGAGCGCAGAUAAUCCGUAUAGGCUGAUAGCACACACCGAUAAGAAGACAUCAGUACAUUCGCGUAUCAUCUGGGCAUGCUCUUGGUCACAUGAUAGUCAAUUUUUUGCUACAUCCUCCAGAGAUAAGAAGGUCAUUGUGUGGGGUAAGAAGACAAGCGUGGAUGAGGACCAAGGUGACGCCGGUCCUCUUGGACAGUACGGAGCUAUGUCCAAGCCGCUGGACGUUGGUGAUUCUGCCACAGCUAUAGACUUUGCCAGACAACUCACAACAAAUGGAAGCUACAUCCUGGCUGUUGGUGUAGAAUCAGGAUCAAUAUCAGUCCAUUCAUGGCAUCCUUCCCAGCCAACUGCAUGGACGUGUCUCGUAUCCUUACCUAAACACUCGGGUCACACCAUGACUGUUAAACGAUUGAGCUGGAGACCAACAAGUAGAAGUCAACCUGGUGAAUCCAGUCAGAACCGGUUCCAACUGGCUAGCUGCAGUUCAGACGGGAGUGUGCGGAUACACAUGUUCGAUAGCCUGUCGUGACAUUAUUCCUCCUCCUUGAAAGCGUAGAAACUGAAGGGCUACAAGUUUAUAGACACUAUUUUGACAUUAUUGUGGCACUAUGGGCCAUGGCUUUCACGAGCAUAAUAGCGCCAUGUGAGUUGGUCAGCAGUAGAUUUAGUACUUACAUUUUAAUAGUAUAUCCCCCCCCACACACACACACACACAAUCGGUAUGUUUCCAUCAGCUCAAGAUUGCCAAAUAGCCUGCUAUUUCUGAUUUAGGAAAUAAGCCAGAAGUCACAAAUCCCGUCUUCAUCAGCUUGAGAAAUUAGCUCGAGAUAUUUUGCCCAGCGGUCGCGAAUAGUGCGAGUCUUCAGGCUGGUGAAGUCGGGAUAUUUUGCAAACCAGCUAAAUAUAUCUUGGGAAUGUUUCCCGAGCAAAUUGCCCGCUAUUUGCCGUGCGCCUUCACCUGCCAAAUAGCCUGCUAUUACAUGAUCAGGCUUAUAUCCAGGCUCAGAAAUAGCGGGCUAUUUGGCAAUCUCGAGCUGAUGAUGAGGACAGGCGUUUGGAUGUUUUAUUUCCCUCAUGGCCUUUGACACCUUCCAUUCUUCAGCAUCCACCUGGGUGAAGUCAGGGGGCAAUUUCAUAAAACGUUUAAUCUAUAACAAAUGCUUAAUUUCUAUGAUAAAUUUGCUCUCGUCCAAUAAGAUGCCUUGAUUUCAGUAGCUUAUAACAGUAGCUUGUAACUUGUUAUUGAUAUCAAGUUUUAUGAAACCGGGUCCAGAUGCUCUUGUUCCGUCAAACAUGGGGUUCUGAGCCAUCGUCAAUCUGGAGAUUCUGAUCAUUCCUCUCUGAAGCCAUAAUAAUAAAUAAAUAAUAAUAAAUCAACUUUGUUUGAAUUAGUUGUGCCAUACCAUCUCAAUGUACCCAUCCUUAUCACCUGUAAUAUCUCAGUUGCGCCAAUGAAACCUAUACCUGACUGAACAAUGAAGUACCCUGGUACAUUAUUAUCUAUAUGAGGCUUCCAAUGGUACAAUAAAUCAGUGUAUUCAAUAUCUUUAGCGUAGUUUCCGGAUGACUGACCAAUAUUGUUUUUGUAUUGCUUAGUCAUCCGGGAACUUCAACCAUCGAUAUCGAUAUCACGCACAAAAUAGCCAUAUUUACCGAGGUAACUCAAAUUUUGUUAUUUCGCUAGCCUGAUAAAGAUAAUAAUAAUAAUAUUAUGUGGCUUUGUUUUCGU